AUGACAGCGACUUCAAUCGAACAGCAAGAACACAUCAAUGACAAUGACAAUCAACAACAACAACGGGGAAUUCGAAUUCUUCUUGUGGAUGAUAAUUUCGUCAAUUUGCAAGUACUAUCACGGGUACUGCGCAUGCACAUGGCCAGCAUCAUUCAGCACAUUGAACUUGCCAAGAGUGGUAUCCAAGCCCUGGAGCUACUUUGCCAUCAUGCUUAUGACCUCGUGCUCUUGGAUAUUGAUAUGCCAGUGCUCAGCGGGCUUGAUACAGCCCGUCAAAUCCGAACAUCAAGCGACAUCCUCGCUGAGAACCGAGUCAUCCCUAUUGUGGCUGUAACCACCAACGAUACUGCAGACUGGAAACGUUUGUUUGUGCAAUGCGGGAUGAAUGGAUUCAUCAGCAAACCUGUAGUACCCACAUCAUUGAAAAAGACAUUGAUACAAGUACUCAAUACGGGACAUAGCCCUGAAUCAUUGGCACCCUUUGUUCCAUUACCGCCAUCGCCCCCUUUACCACCGACAUCAGCAGCAGCACAGGCCACACCUUCUGUUUUAUGA